ACCCAUUCAACUUUUUACACAGCGGCCACUCGGCGCUGCUAAUGCCUACUUGGUGUCUUAGUUAGACGGUGCAUUCUAAAUAAACUAAUUUAAUAAAUAACGCCGCAUUUGAGAAUACAAUAAAGCCAUUUCACAGGAGGAGCUGCGAAGAAAAAAAGGGAAGCAAACAACAAUCUCAUCUGUGCUGUGCGAGUCCAUGUUGAAGGAUUGUAGAUCGACUUUAAACAGAAGAUCUGCUACAAAAUGGACGGAUUUUACGAUCAGCUAGUCCCUUUAAUGGUGCACAAUAUAGCGAAAACUCGCGGGGAAGAACUUCGCGGGCGACAAAUCAACGAGAGAAAGAGGAAAUUAGUGGAGACAGAUCUAGCCCACGAUUCGGAAGAACUUUUCCAAGAUUUAAGCCAACUGCAGGAAACGUGGCUCGCAGAAGCCCAAGUUCCCGAAGACGAUGAACAGUUUGUACCUGACUUCCAGUCGGUUAACUUGGUAUUUCAUGGACCUUCCCCGGCCAAGAUCAAGCGUGAGAGUGAAAGCCCUAAUACGGACGUGUCGUGCCGCCACGAACAGAGUCUCAGCUCCGGCUAUGGAGAGAACUGCCUCUACAGUUACAGUGCCUACGAGAGGAAGCCCCUUGCCGGGUUCAAGCCAUUAACUCCACCAGCCGCCCCGGUGUCUCCAGUCCAUCAGAGUUCCCCUCUCCCUCGACUCGCGCCCGUUGCAGUUCCGCCAUCAGCCCAUGGCCCCAUUUCAUCCCCGGUGCAGGCUGCACCUCCAGCAGCGGUUCCACCACCACAGCAGCAGCAGCAGCAGCAACGGACCUUUGCAGUACCUCGACCACCGCAUCCCCCACUUCAAGUGUCCCAGACCUUGCCUGAGACGCAGUAUGCUCCAGAGAAUAGGUUUCAGCGGCAGAUGUCCGAGCCGUGCCACCCAUACCGGCGCCAGUCAGGAGUGCCCGGUGACAGUCGGCAGGUUUACCAGCGGCAGAUGUCCGAGCCCAUGCCAGCGCCCUCUCCGCAGCCCCUCAAGCAGGAGUACCACGACUCGUGUUACGAUCACGUCAGCGGACCCAGCAGGCAGGAUUUCCAGUCUCCUCUUGGCAUUAAGCAGGAGCCCAGAGACUACUGCUACGACUCAGAAGUGCCUAAUUGCCAAUCCUCAUAUCUGACAGGAGGAAACUACUACACAGCUCCCGGCAACCAGGAGGGUUUCCCUUAUGAGAAGGAUCCUCGAAUGUACUAUGAUGAUACGUGUGUGGUACCUGAUAGGAUCGACCAUAAAGUCAAGCAAGAAUCGCCGGUGUACAGAGACAAUCUGCCGUACCAGCGUCGUGGUUCUUUGCAGCUGUGGCAGUUCCUGGUUACUCUGCUGGAUGAUCCCGCAAACUCCCACUUCAUUGCGUGGACGGGCAGAGGCAUGGAGUUCAAGCUGAUUGAACCCGAGGAGGUUGCCCGUCGCUGGGGUAUUCAGAAGAACCGUCCCGCCAUGAACUACGACAAGUUGAGCCGCUCGCUGCGCUACUACUAUGAGAAGGGGAUCAUGCAGAAGGUUGCAGGGGAACGAUACGUGUACAAGUUUGUGUGUGAUCCCGAGGCACUUUUCUCGAUGGCCUUCCCAGACAAUCAGCGUCCCUUUCUGAAGACGGAAAUCGACUGCCACGUUAAGGAGGACACCGUCCCUCUCACGCAUUUUGAUGAUAACGCAGCCUUCCUGCUGGACACGGAUCAGUGCAACAAUCUGCCGUACCCCGACGGCUUUGCGUAUUGACUGAAUCACAUCUUGUGACUGAAUACAUCACUGUCCAGCUGAUAUAAAGCGCAUCCCUGUGUGGUACUGUUGCACUUGGCUGUAUUAAAAAUCCAGCUCUUCAGAACGUGGAACCGCCUAAAAAAAGUUGUCCGGCAGCAUCGCACUACUGAAGAAGCUGCCACGUGCUUCACUGAUGAUGCACUAACAAGCCUGGGGUUAGGGGGGGAGGGGGAGGGGAGGGGGGGGGGAGCCCAGCGACCCGGCUGUGUGUUGCUAUCAGAAAUGCAUUCAGGUGUGGCAUUUGUGAUUGUUCAGUGUGGCAUUCACGGGGCUUGGAUAGACCGCGUGGCUAGCGUUUGUAAUGACAAUCUGCUUUGUGUUGGACAGCUGCCUUUGUUGAUGUUAAAGGGCUUCGACUUGCACAAUCCCACAGUUGUAUCAUGGGACAGACUCUAAGGAAACUAUGCACUGUAGCAUGUGGAGCUGUUCCCUGGACUGGAUACAAACUGGUGCUGUAUUAAAAUAGCUCAAGACAAUAGUCCUGUCUACCUGAGACUUUUAAGUAGAGUACAGCUUGCAGUUUAUUGGGUUUAUUUUUAAAUGCUUAAAUGUUUUAAAUCUUUGAAACCUGAAGUCUUUGGCACCUUGCACACAUUGAAUUUUGUCCUGAUCCUUUUCUAAACUACACAUGUAUAUGUAGCAAUUUCCAAAUGUUUAAAUCCCACUGUAUCAAAUGAAAAGAAAGACUUUUGCUUGAGCUUAAAACUGCAUUUGAUAUUGUUCUUCCCCCUCUCCAUCCUAAUCCAUUAUGCCCUGCCUGUCAGUCUAUCAUCCAGUCUAUGUACGAGAGGAAAAACAGUAUCAAAUGCUUCAUAGCUUGAUUGGACUCUGGGGAAUGUGGAUGUUCCACACCAUUUGUACAUAUAUCACCCUCUAAACACUUCUCGCAAUGUAAGAUUCGAUCACCUCCUUUUAGAGUGGAUUAGAUGUGGAGGUAGGAAAAAGGGAAGAAAUCUGCAGGUAUUUUUCAAAAUAUUUUCAAAAAUAAAUAUGAAUAUUUGUAAUUUUUUUUUGUCUUUAUACUCAAGGCAAAAUCAGUUUGUUAAUGGCACUGCACUCUGAAAGACUAGAGUUCCGAUAUUUUGAUGAUGUUACUGCUUUAAUCAGGGGGUUUACUGUGUAACACAGUUCAUUCUGCUGCAGGUUAUACAUGCCAGCUUCAAGCUUUGCAUUGAAUAUCUUUCACAGUUUAAUCUUUUGGAAGUUUGAACAAUGGUUUGACUGUUCCUGCUCAUUCUAUCGUGCAAUGGCAAGUUGCAAUUGUAUAAUUGCGAGCAUAAUUAUCCACGUUGAUUCAGUUCUUGACAUUUUAUGUACAAAGUCCCCAGGAUUUUAUAUUUUUUGUUUGGAAACAAAGGUUAUUUUUACACCAGGUCUCAGUUGUAUUUUAUUUGGGCUGUUUCUGCUUUUACUUUUUGAAAUUAUGUGCUGCAAAGUCUGUUGAUGACCGUAAAAUUUAUUAAUCCAGCAAAUUUACGAUGUUUAUUUUCAAACCCAGAUGUACAUUGAAGGAAACCUCUUGUCAUGUACACCAAAUAAAUGUUUGAUCUCUCUCUGUACAAUAAAGGUUUUCUUGGCCUUGCA